AUGUGGAAGGGAUCGGAAUAUUAUGCCUCUAUGCACGAGGAUGAUAGAAAACAAUAUGAAAAGAAAUUAACUUUAUCCGACGAGACAAUAUUGCCUGAUCCUUAUAUACUGGAGAACUGGAGUAAUAAUGUUGCUUUGAUGCCUGAUUUAACUUGGGGUGAUAUGUACCAAUAUCUGAUCAAUACUCCAAAUGAAUUCUCACAUGAAGCUAUGAAAGCAUACAGGUCGUUGGAAGCCUAUAACUUUUAUGUGAGUGGUCAUGUACAGGACGUAUUUUACCAUGCAAUCGACAAUAAUUGUGAUUAUUGUAUUAUUAAAUCUGAGGUAUUGCCUAGUCAGAGACAAGGACAGAAACAACAAUGCUACGAAGUAUGGGCUGCAGUAAACAACUCUGGAGGGUGGAUCUUUACUGUUAAUUGCAAGUGUAUGGCAGGAUUAGGAUCAGUAUGCAGUCACGUGGCAGCUUUGUUAUUUAGACUUCAAGCAUGCACUCAGUUGGGAUUAAAUAAAGUUGCUUGCACUAGUACUCUAUGCAGUUGGAAAAAAUCAAGGAGACAAGCAAUUCCUGCUCCAUUGAUAGCUUCGACGAUCCUAUGGCUGGUUCAUGUGAAUUCAAAAAGAGGAAAAUGUUAG